AGGAGCCGGGGUGCGGGGGUAGAGGGGGGUGCUAGGGCCAGUCGCCAAUAGGUGCGGACUCGGACUCGGGUUUGCCCAGACUCUGGACCUGGGCCGACUGGCGCUUGGGCGCCAUUCCCCGCCCCGCGCGGACUUCGGAAUUGACCAAAGACGCACAGGAACUGCCGGCGGAGCGCAUUUCCACGGGGCGCGGAGCACCAGUCGAGCCCCGAGGAUGCGUGCCCUGUCAGCCCUGGACGCGCCCCAGAACGAGCGACUGCUGACCCGGGACCCCGAGACCCCCAGGGUCCGGGACGCAGCGGUGCCAGCACGCAGGAGCGCGGUGGAGAGGCUGGCGGCCGACCGCUCCAAGUACGUGCGGGGCCCGCCUGCAGCCGGCCCGGGCCCCGCUCCGGAGGGCAGCAACCCCGGGACGAGAGAAGGGACUGAGGGCCAUCCUCGGCCUCCAGCUCGCGUCCCCGGUGCCGUGGCGCGCAGGGCCAUAGCUCGGAAGCCGCUGAGGCCUGACUCGCUGGUCAUCUAUAGGCAGAAAUGCGACUUCGUUCGGGGACAGGGCGCCGACAGCUCCAGGGGGGGCCUGGUGAAGAAGCUCUUCCAGGGGCCUGGCAAGGACAAGACGUCUGUGCCCCCGGAGACGUCCCGGGUGGGAGAGGAGGUCAGGGCCAGGCGCGAGGAGGCUGUCCUGACCAAGCCUGGCUCUACAGCAGCCCCUGCGGCCCCCGGCGUUUCCGCGCCCCCGGAGCGCCCAGCGCCCUUUGGGACGCCCACUGGAGUCCCGGCUGCGCCCCGGGGCCCUGAGCUGCGAGGGACACGGCGCGGGGGGCUGCAGCGAUCGCAGUCAGACCUCAGCUCCCGCUACUCUGCGUCCUUGACCGAAUUUGACACCUUCUUCCAGUUCUGCGGCCUGGAACCUGAGGUGGUGGAAGCUCUCGGGAGGGAGAACUUCUCCGCGGGAUCGGACCGCGUCACACUCAAGGUCCGCAGCGUGAGCGUCGCCACCUCCGACAGCGGCUUCUCCCGGCACAGCGGUGGUGAAGAGGGGCUGCAGGAGGAAGAACUGACCGAGCAGGUGCCCAGCACCACCUCGGUCAUCGAGAGGAACGCCCGCAUCAUCAAGUGGCUGUACACCUGUAAGAAAGCCAAGGAGAAGCCCGGCCAGGAGCUGCAGGGCCCCGCAUGACCGCUCGCGCUCUGGGGAGACUUGGACCCCAGAUACAAGACGGAGCACCUGUAGAAACCCGCUGUACCUGCCGGGAAAGAACCAUGCCUCACCCUUUGCAAAGAUGCCACAGGGGGAUAGGACAGUGUGCGACGCUCCUCUCUUUCUGCUCCUCUGUUUCUGACUGGCUGAGAAGCUCUGCAGUCAGUCUGAGAGUGGAUUUUAGGUGGACAAGGGGCUGGAGGGACUGGAAGGUCACUCUUCUCUGUCUUCAGGCCAGCCCCUGGGCCUUUCAGAGAUUUAUGUGGAAAAGGGUGGAAUCUGUUUGCCUUCACAUGUUUAUUUGGACCGCCUGCCUUGUUUUCAGUUGGUUGUCCAACUCUGUGACAGUUAGCACUGGCCUUACCGACAUUGAAAAGACUGUCUCAUGAGUGAUUGGAGGCAAACAGAAGAGUCAGAAGUCCAGAGAAAGGCCUCAGGGAGAUACCUAAUUGUUCUGCCAUGGAAACCAGACGAUGGCUGUCUUUACUAAGGCUACCAACUUCUUUUCAAACUUUAAAAUGCAGAAAAUAUCACAAAACCAAAGACUGUGAGGAUCGGGCCGUGUGUUCAUUCACUGCUUUUUCCUUACUCCUCAGGAAGCAAGGCUUCCAGACUGUGGGGGCUCCUCAAAGUGUGUCCUGGAUGACUGGGGACCCCAGGGCCAUCCUCAGUGCCCCAGGAAUUGUCCAGUGCACCCAGGUGACCACACGAUUGCUGUUUUCCCCGAAAUAAAGCACCCCAUUGAAGAAGCAGACGUCAUUCAGAAGGUUUGAAAUGCUAUGGAGAAGAGGGGGAACUUGGAACUUGGAAAUUAGCUGAGCUGCAGCUGUUAAGACAAGUGAAACUCUGGGAGGUAUUUUCCUGUUUGAGGUGGAUCUGUUCUUGCUUCUAGACAGCAGCAGAGGAGGGGAAGCUGCUUGGAAAUAUUUUCAGGGACAUCUGUUUGACUGCCUUGGUGACAAAGAGGUACGAUGAUGUAUUUUAAUAUCUAAAUUGAUUUUAAAAAGGAAAAAGACAAAGAGUAUGAAAACCAUUGGUCUGGACUGUUUGGACCCAAUAACAUCAAAGUCCUGUAAUCUCGAGAAGGCAUGUCCUACUUUAACGGUGCGUCCAACAAAGAGCAAACACACAGUCUCACACUGACGCCUCCGUUUCUGAGCAUCGCUGCCAAUUGAACUGCAGAAAGGGCUUUUAAAAUCACUUGAGGGCUACAAAGUCAUUUCAGUAAUGCCACUCUUGUUGGGUUGUAGACGUGUGGACGUGCCGGUGACAGAGAAGUUAGAGUUGAUACCACUAAAAAUGCCCCGUUUUGGGGUGCUGGCAGGAGACUCAGGAGCUCUCUUCCCUCACAAGCAUGGCAGCAUGCUUCCUUUGCACCCUGUAGAGCACGCCUCCGGGGGGCUCUGGUUCCCGAGCGCCCAGAGCAGAGCCCCAGUUGCACAGAACACACCCUGCCCAUUUGUCUGAUUCCCACCUCCAUGGAUCUCGCAGUCAUCCCAGACUUGACCCCAGCUCAGCCUUUCCUACAGAGGGUGUGGGCAGCCGGCAGACUUCAGGAUAGAACGCCGUGAGCAGGGGGUUACCGUGACCCUCACCCACUCCUGACACUCAGACUGCGUGGAUUCAGAUUCAAAGCCUUGGGAGAGAAAUUCUAUAUCGAUGGUGAUUAUCCAAAGAAAAGUUGUAACCCAGUUGACUCUUUCAAAGCUUGUUGUGUUUUAACAAAACACAUCUCCUCAGGAACAAAAUUAUUAUGGAGAAGAGUAUGGAGGGGAGAAAAAUGGGUUUCUGAGUGGUAGAACAUUUUAUGAACCAAUCCAUUUUGAUAUGUUCAUGUACUUGUUUAAUGUUGGGUUCUAUUUUUGUAACUUUUACUGUGAGAGUAGGUCCUUGAGCUACUUAAUAUUUAUUUUUACGGUUAUUGGUCUUCAGGUAGUUUUCCUUAACAUCAUAUAGUUUUAGUUUUUAUCAGUGUCAUUUUAAGUCAUUUUCUCCCGGGUUAUGUUGUUUCGUCGGAUGUCCCUUCUGACUGUAAGCAUAGUACUUACUACUCUAUAAAGCGCUCGGUACCAUAGUGAUUUGUUUUCACUAAGUCCCACAUACGCAGUUUUAGAGCCUCUGUUGGCCCAUGAAUGUUCCUGUCUCAUCGUAGACUCUAACAGAUUCAUGCUUUAAGAAUUUUCCCCCAAUUGUUCCUCUCAAAAUGCUGCUAUUUUUCUGUUUAAUGGAUUGAAGUUAGUUUAAAAGGUAAUGUCAAAGAUGAGAGGAGUUUUUUUUUUUUUAAAGGCUCUUUACAUAUACCCAGUUCCCUUAUUUACAGGUAUUGCAUUAAUUGUACAUGUCAGUGCUUUAGGUAAAACUGUUUCGUGCCUUCCUACUGUCAGAAGAGGAUGAACUAGAACCUCGAUCAUAUUUACCUUAGAUCAGAAUGGUGCAGACCCAUAAUCCAUAUAAUAGAUAAAAAUAUAUAAACAGACUGCUUGCGUUUAAAAGCACCAAGGUCUUCCAGAAGCAGCUGUCCUUCAUGGGAGGUACAGGGAAGAAUUCAGCUGGAGUGAAUUCAGAAGUUCUCAGAGAUGGGUGUGAAGAAGAGGGACAGGGUGUCCUCGGGCUCCAACAGGAGCCAGUGAUGCCCCCUCAGUGUCAGGUCCCAAGUGUGCGGGUGGAGGUAAGAAGUCCUUUCUUGAUCCUGAAUUACCCCAAUUUGCUGAGUGACUUUGAGAAAAUCAAACUUUGAAGCUUAGUCUGAAAACAAAAGCUUGUAACUGUUUUUCACAGGGAUAGCAUAGUUACUGCUGUGAAAUAGUUUCAUUUGUUCAUGAAAGAGUAGCACAUAAAAUAAUAUUAUUAAACACAAUGAAAAGAAAUAAUUAUUGAUAAAGCAAGAAAAAUAGCUUGACAGUAUCUAUUUCACUAAUAUAUGGGUACACAUUAGCAGUGCCUCUGACUGAGAGGUGUUUGUGUUACUGUAAAGUUUCCUCGCCAUAUAUAUGUGUGUGUGUGUGUAUAUAUAUAUAUAUAUAUUAAACUACUGGUCACUGACACUGAAAUAAAAAGAAGGCUUUAUUAAACAUUGCCCUUUUCAGUAGGUUCAAAGUUCAGUUACGGUUACGGUUGGUGAUACCAUAAAACAUCAGGCCUGGGCAAUUGUUAUAGUGGUUUUGUAAACAGAGUUUUUUCUACACACUCCCUGCAACUA